UCUGUAUUUAUUUGCCCUUGACCUCAUCCCAUUAAUCCACACCACAGUUCACCCUCUAUUUUACAGAUGAGGAAACUGAGGUUCUGCGAGGUUGAGAGAUUUACCAGGAAUCAGUAAGUGGCUGGAAGCAUCCCAUCACCACAUCUUCUAAAAUAAUAAUAGUGACAGUAGUAACAACAACAGUGAACAUUUAUUAUGCUUAUUUGUGCCAAGCGCUGUGAUGAGCACUUACCUGCCUCAUAACCCACAAUUCCAGCCCCCACCUCUCCGCAGUACUAUUGUAGGUACUGCUGUAAGGUAGGUACUAUUGUUAUGAGAACUUACAGGAGGAAACCAAGGCUCAGAGAGGUUAAGCAACUUGCUGAAGAUAACCCAGGCCAGUUUUCAAGUCCACUCUCAGACCUCGAUCUAACUCCACAAAGAAACCCGUGUCAUUCUGACUCUCGGAAAACUCUACUCCCAAGUGCACAGUUCAAAACCCCACCCAAGGCUGCCCUGCAUCGCGGUCAGUCUGCUCCAGCCGAGUUGUUCUUUGUUUUGACCAAGGAUACAGAGGGCGCUGCCCCGAUUCGUCUGGGGGGCCGAGGGGGAGGGGAGGAGGAGGGAGUAAGGGUGGACAUUUUAGGUGCAGGGGCGCGUGCCGGGGAGAGUAUCUGGGGACCAGAGGACGAGUCACGUGCUCGUGAAACUCGACCUAGGGGGAGGGUUAGGGAAGGGAGCCCCCGCCCCUACCUCGGGGUGCAGCCCCGGCCGGUUUUAAGUACAACUGUUCACUCCGUCGAUCCACUUCGUCCUAGCCUCAUUUCGCGGAUUGGUGGCGCCCGCCGGGUUCCCGUUCCCCGACUUCUUCCGAUGGGACCGAGGCGGUGAGAACACCAGGCUGUCCGGCAGAAUCUCCGAGGCCGCCCAGACCCGGCGCGCAGAGAAGUCCCGAGCGCCGGUGCGGUUCCGAGCUGGGCCCGCCGGACACCGGACGCCGAAAUUGUGCACGCGCCGCUCCCCGACCGGCCGGCGGCUACAGGAGGCGCGUUUGCCCCGGAUCAGAGGCUUGCGACCAGUAUGGCCCCCACGCUGGAGGAGGCGUACCGGAGGCGCUGGUGGAUGGCGUGCACGGCCGUGCUGGAGAACCUCUUCUUUUCCGCGGUGCUCCUGGGCUGGAGCUCCCUGCUGAUCAUGCUCAAGAACGAGGGCUUCUAUUCCAGCAUGUGCUCAGCUGAGAACACCACCAACACCAGCCAGGAUGCGCAGCCCCCGUGGCUGAGCUGUAACCAGCAGGAAGAGAUGCUCAACCUGGGCUUCACCAUCGGCUCCUUCGUGCUCAGUGCCACCACCCUGCCGCUGGGGAUCCUCAUGGACCGCUUCGGGCCCCGGCCCGUGCGGCUGAUUGGCAGCGCCUGCUUCGCCGCAUCGUGCACCCUCAUGGCCCUGGCCUCUUGGGACACCAAAGUUCUGUCUCCGUUGAUAUUCCUGGCGCUGUCCCUGAAUGGUUUUGGUGGCAUCUGCCUAACAUUCUCUUCACUCACACUGCCCAACAUGUUUGGGAACCUGCGCUCCACUUUCAUGGCCCUCAUGAUCGGCUCCUAUGCCUCUUCUGCCAUCACGUACCCGGGAAUCAAGCUGAUCUAUGAUGCCGGCGUGUCCUUCAUGAUCAUCAUGUUCACCUGGUCAAGCCUGGCCUGCCUCAUCUUUCUGAACUGUGCCUUCAACUGGCCGAGUGAAGCCUUUCCCUCGCCGGAGGAAGUCAACUACAAGGAGAAGAUCAAGCUCAGAGGGCUGGCCCUGGAUCACAAGGUGACAGGUGACCGCUUCUACACCUAUGUGACCACCGUGGGCCAGCGGCUGAGCCAGAAGGCCCCCAGCCUGGAGGAGGGGACAGACAGCUUCAUCUCGUCCCAGGACGUUCGUGACACCUCAGAAAAGUCUGCUGAGAAGUCUGUGCCCUUGCGCAAGAGCCUCUGCUCCCCCAUUUUCCUGUGGAGCCUUCUCACCAUGGGCAUGACCCAGCUGCGGAUCAUCUUCUACAUGGCCGCUAUGAACAAGAUGCUGGAGUACAUCGUGUCUGGAGGCCAGGAGCAUGAGACGGACGACCUGAAACAAAGGGUGACAGAGACAGUUGAGUUCUACUCGUCCGUCUUUGGGGCCAUGCAGCUGUCGUGCCUUCUCACCUGCCCUCUCAUUGGCUACGUCAUGGACUGGCGAAUCAAGGACUGCGUGGACACCCCCACUGCUAGGGACGGGGUGGCCACCAAGUCCGUCAGACCACGCUACCGCAAGAUCCAAAAGCUCACCAAUGCCAUCAACGCCUUCACCCUGACCAACCUACUGCUCGUGGGUUUCGGCAUCACCUGCCUCAUCAACAACUUACACCUCCAGUUUUUGACCUUUGUCCUGCACACCAUGGUCCGAGGCUUCUACCACUCGGCCUGCGGAGGCCUCUACGCAGCCGUGUACCCGUCCAACCACUUUGGGACACUGACGGGCCUGCAGUCCCUCAUCAGUGCUGUGUUCGCCCUGCUCCAGCAGCCGCUUUUCAUGGCCAUGGUGGGACCCUUGAAAGGAGAGCCCUUCUGGGUGAAUCUGGGCCUCCUGCUGUUCUCACUCCUGGGAUUCCUGCUACCUUGCUACCUCUUCUACUAUCGCACCCGGCUCCAGAGGGAGUACAUCACCCACUGGGAGGGCCCCCUGAAGGUGCUUGGCAGCCCUGAGGUGACUGCCUAGGUCUCUGAGGGGCCUGGGUGACAGGCAGUCAAGGCCUGAGCAGCCAAAGGGAGUGCCUCGUGGCUUUUCUACCUGUAACCUCCGCACAGAGCCAGGCGCCGGGGAUUUAUAAAUACCAGGAGAAGUUCUAUUUUUGUAGGGACUUGUUAAAAAGGAAAAAAAAAAAAAAAAAAAAA